CACCUACCUCUAUUGCCACGAGCCCAUAAACAGCCACGACUAAGGAAGACGCAGAAUCCCGGCAAUGCAAUGUCAUCUUCGGACGAUGAAGACCUCAAGCUGGCAAAGGCGCUGUCCAUGCAUCAGAAGUAUUCUACCGCCACAACCAAGGCGGUGGUCGACCUUACAUCGGACAAUGAAGGUGAGGACGAGGACGAGGACCUCAAGCGAGCAAUUGCGAUGUCACUGCAAGACGAUGUGUAUUCUACAGAGUCCACAGAGCCUCUAGUUGUUGACGAGGAAUUUGAAACGGUCACCUCGUCACAAGCAGUGCUGACUCCCCAGGCGGCCGAGCCUAGUUCGGUAUUGCAGACAUUGGCAGGUAAUUCGUUCGUCAUGGAUCGCAAGUCUAUGGAAUCGGAACGGCUCAAGCGACUCGCAGAACGGAAGCGCAAGCGAAGUUCCUCUCUGGAUCAGCCCUCUAGACAACUGCAAGAAGCACAAGCGCCUGCAAAGCUCCACUGUCCAAGCGGCUCACACCAGCGUUCAAAUGAGUCGUUGCAAUAUCCUAGAGGAACUAUCAAGCGGACGUUCGCAGCCAAACUUCCCCGAACCGACGACCUGACUAUCGACGAACUGCUGCAGGCAUCCAUAGUCAGUAUUGCUGUCAUAAGCUCUUUCCAGUGGGACGCCGAAUGGUUAGGCCGCAAACUCAGUCACAACAAGAUCAAACAGCACUGGGUCAUGAACGCAAGGGACGCGGAAACGCAAGCGAGAUGGAGGCGGGAUCUUGCAGAGUGCGGCAUUCCCAAUCUGCGAAUUCACUUUCCGCCAAUGAACACUGUCGUCGGAAACGCGCACAGCAAAUAUAUGUUACUCGUCAGCGAGAACAAAAUGAGGGUGGUCAUAUCCACAGCAAACAUGGAACGAGAGUAUUGGGGAGAGGUCGGAAAUGAUUGGCAGACUGGUGUUCUGGAAAACUCUAUCUUCGUCAUUGAUCUUCCCAGAAGAGCCGAUGCUGCUGUGGGGAGUAUGGAGGACCUCACGCCAUUCGGGAAGGAGCUGGUGCAUUUCUUACAGGCCCAACAACUCGAUCCACUCAUUAUCAAAGGCGUGCUGAAGUUUGACUUUUCACAGACUGCAAAUCUUGCCUUCGUCCAUUCUAUUGCUUGCUCUUCCGACGUUUCUACGCACCCUACGGGUCUCCCUGGACUCGCCAAAGCGAUCCAAGACCUCAAGCUUGAUCAAGUUCGGGUUAUUGAGCUUGAUUAUGCAGCAUCGUCUCUGGGCGCAAUUGAUGAGACUUUGCUGCAGCGUAUCUACUUGGCUGCGCAAGGCUUGUCGUUUGAGCUUGAUUCGAAAGCAGCAGCACACUGGAGAGAUCAUUUCCGCAUCUAUUACCCGACUGCGGAGACCAUUGGUGCCAGUACUGGUGGGCCAAAUUGUGCCGGAAUAGUUUCGUUGAAGAGAACGCACUUCAGCUCUGCCUCGUUUCCAAUCGAGUGUCUGCGUGAUUAUGUGUCCACGCGCAAAGGCAUGAUCUCACACAACAAAUUACUGUUUGCACGAGGCCGACACGAAGACGGCAGACCAUUUGCGUGGGUCUACGUAGGUUCAGCAAACAUUUCAGAGUCGGCUUGGGGGGCUCAGAAAGUGCUGAAGAGUGGGAAGCUGGGCAAGCUCACGAUGAGAAAUUGGGAGAGCGGUGUUAUUGUACCGGUGCCAGAAGAGAAAUUCAAGGUUCUGGCACUUGAAGAUGAUGAAGUACCGCCAAUGAGUAUCUUCGAAGGCACGAUCGAGGUCCCAAUGCAGUAUCCAGGGGAGGCAUACAGAGGACGGAUGCCAUGGGUCCAGGAUUGGUAGACUACUGGACGGUUCAGUGUACCCAGGCAGCUGCCGGACGGUUCUGUAGGACCCGGACCAAUGAUUGCAGCACUCAGACUGCAGGAAUACGGAACGAUUCAACAGAAGCAUGUAUGAUCUCGUAGGAAAGAAGUCCAAUGACACCUAGUGUACAGUAGAUGCUUCAUGCCUGAGGCCGGCAGGCCAAGCCGAGCACAGGCGCAGUAAAGACAGGGUGGGAAAGACGGGGUGGAAAGAACAGGGUGGAAUUGCAUGAGCGCACAUGGGCAUUUGUCAGUCUAGGACAAUGGGUGUGGAUCACAAUGAGU